AUGUCGGGCAUCGAGGCGCGGCGGGCCCAGGCCAUCAAGGACUACAAGCUCACCGUCGAGUACAAGCACCUGAAGCAGAACAGCCCCGGCGGCAUCUACGUCGUGCCGUCCUUCGCCGACCUGCGCACGUGGCACGGCGUCAUCUUCGUGCGCCGCGGCAUGUACGCGAGCGGCGUCUUCAAGUUCCGCGUCGAGCUGCCGCCCGAGUACAACGACGUCGGCGCGUGGCCGCGCGUCUUCUUCACGAGCCGCAUCUACAGCCCCCUCGUCGACGCGGAGAGCGGCGAGCUCGACGUCAAGUUCGCCUACCCGGAGUGGGACCCGGCGAAGCACUACGUCGUGACCGUGCUCACGUUCCUCAAGAAGAUCUUCUACAUCAAGGACGGCUUCGAGGGCUACGAGGCGCCGAAGAACGCGGCGGCGGCGCGGGCCUACGCCGACGACGCGCCGGAGUUCCUGCGCGAGGUCGAGGCCUGCGUCCGCGCGUCGGGCGAUCGCCAGGGCAGGACAAGAGAGCGAAAUUCCCAACUUCAAAGGCUCAUAUCUCGGCCGUUUUCCACUCGUUUCGGCUGA